GCGUUAGUGACGUCAUAAAACGCGCAUGUCGGGAAGAUGGCGUCCUAGUUGGCAUUUUUUUGUUUUUGGCUUGUAACAGACUUGAUUAUUUUCGUUACCACCGUAUGCCUUUGCGGUUCUGUAUAGUUGUCCAAAGUCUUCAUCGCACAUCAUGAAGUCUGACAUUGACGAUUUAAUGCCUCGGCUGCUACCCGUCGAGUGCGGAGACUCUUCGGCUGAUCUGAAGCUAGAUGGUCCACCAAGAAACCCUCAGGAGUACCUUCGACAAGUGCAGCUGGAGGCAGCGUUGUGUCCGGAAGUGGUUGUUGCUAAGCUUGACCCCAAGAAACUGAAGAAGCAACAAACUGUUAAUGUGUCUGUGGCUGGGUGCCAUGCUGCUCCUGCUGGUUUCUCUCCCAGUCUCAGUUGGCAACAGCGUCAAGUCAGUAAUUUCUCAGACGUCCGACAGAACAUCACAAAAAACAGACAACAUUGGUGUAGCCACUCCCUUGACGGCAAUGUCCUAAUGCCAAAACAAACAGAUGAGGAAGGCUGGAAGAGAUUUUGUUUAGGAGAGCUGGUCUAUCAGGGUGGAACAUCCUCCAACACUGACGAAGAGGCAGGCCUGAACUAUGGCAAGGUUGGCUUCCCACCUUUCCUAAGCAUCGUAAGCCGACUCAGCCAGUCCACAGUGCUGGCAGUGUUGGAGAUCCUUGUCAGUUGGUUUGAAGAACAACUUUUUGUGCCUCAGUUGGGUCGCUGGUUGUAUGCAUUGUUGGCCUGCCUGGAGAAGCCAUUGCUACCUGAGGCUCAUUCUUCCAUCCGACAGUUGGUUAGGAGAUGUGCUCAAGUUAGGAGUACCUUGGAAAGUCAAGACGACGAGAACUUACCUGCUCUCAACCUUCUUAUCUGCCUGGUUGCAAGAUACUUUGAGCAGAACGACCUGGCAGACCAGCCUGAGUGAACAUCGUUUUUUGGACUGUCAGAAGGUUGAAUGGAUCCCACUCGGGUACCGGGAAGAGAGCAGGCUUCAAUCAAGCAGUUUAACUUUGUGGAGAAUAUGAAGUGUGGCAAACGGGAGCACCAAGAUGGAGCUUGAUUGACAUGACUCGCCCUACUGAUCAGUAGUUGAUCUCUUAUUUUUUAGAUGAGUUUGGUGAACCUGUAAUUUAUCAGACUUUUAUUUUGAGUUGACUUGGAAUGCAAUAUUUUUCUAUUAAAUAUUGGUUAAAAUGC